AUGUGUUAUAUUGUUUGCACGUUCUUACUUAUGUUGUUCACUUUAGUGUAUUCAUUCCAGUGUUCUCCGGGAUGUCCAGAUGGCUGUAUUACCCAGUACACAUGUACUGGAGAAUGUAAGACUGAGUAUGACAAUGACCGUUCUUGUAAUUAUUGUCGAUUUAACAAUCCGUAUCUUGAUACAUCAGAUGUGUACAUUACCAAUGGUACUGAUUGUAUAUUAAGCACAAACAAAAUAAUUAAAGCUGAUGGCUCUUGGUUACCACCAGAAGAGUAUCUAACGGAAGUUUAUUUGAAUCAACCCAUCAAAGUUCGAAUUGACCAAUAUAGUUAUGUUGAUUAUGGGUUCUGUUCAAAGGAGAAGAAAUACAAUUUGGGGCAAUGGUUUAAGUUAAGAGCAGACUCUAUCACUACAGACCACUUCUUAAUUGUUAUCACAAAAGAAAACAACACAGACUACGAGUUAACAUCUGCAGUAACAGAAUCCCAAAGAGGACAAAGAAAGAAUUGCUAUGGGUACACCGUCAUGCCGGAAGAAAAGAAGUACUACAGACACCAAAUCCCCAAUAUAUUACGAGACAAUAUUACCGAUUUAAAAUAUUAUUAUAUCUUUCUAAGGACAAAAGACUACGCAUUUGCAGACUUCUAUUUGGAAAUUGCAGAACAAGAAGGACGACUUGGAAGAGUUCUGAGGGAGUUCAACCAAAGUGAUAUAACUCCACUCGCCGUUGAUCUCGAUAAGAAAAUCAGUUGGGAUAUCGACUUUGCUGAUGUUGCUAUCACUGGCGCGCCCGCGUGUAUUCCACAGACUUAUAUGGAGUUGGCAGUUUUUGAAAUAGAAUUCAAUGGGAAUUACACUGUCCUUCUAGACGCAAGAAAACAGAAUAGAAUAUGUUAUUUACAAGAAUACAUACAAGAAAAAGACGAAAACGGUGCUAUACGAACUACUUGUGUUCAAGCUUGGGAUGGAAAGAGGUAUGGUGCUUAUAAGGAUAUCGACAAUGAAGGCUUUCUUGUAAGAAUUAAAGGAAGUGAUAAAGGGAAACGAACGUUUGCAGUCAUGACCAAUGACCAAAAAGCUUUAAUCACACUUGAGAUAUCAGUCGUUUGUCCAGAUGAUUGUCACCAUGAAAAGGGGUAUGGGUCAUGUUCAACUCGUGAAGGGAAGUGUGUUUGUAAUGAUGGAUAUGGUGGAGACAAUUGUCAUAGAAAAUGUUACGACAAAGGAACGUGGAAUGAAGACUCUAAUGGAAAGUGUUUAUUUGAUUCACUCUUUUGCGACCAAUACUGUAAAUGUGAGCCGGGAACAACACUCAAAAAUCACCUGUGUAUUUCCUCUCAAUGUACAAGUGGGCACAUCAUUGGAGAUAUGUGUAAAAUUGGUGGUGACGGCUGCAGAGAAAAUUGUGAAUGUAAUGCUGAAUUGGGGUUUUUCAGUGAUGGGCAAGGAAAUUGUAAACAUGAAUUGUGUGGAAAUGGAAAAAUAGACACCAACCCAUUAUUUACAGAAGAGUGUGAUGGUGGUACCAAUUGCAACUUGACUUGUUAUUGUGCUGAAGGGUAUGUGACAAAUCCAACGGAUAAAAGAAACUGCUACAAACCCUCUAUUACUACUAGUGGGAUUUUGGGCAUUGUCUUUGGGUCUAUAAUAGGGUUUAUUGUUGUUAUCCUCGUACUUAUUGGUAUUAUUGUUCUUAUUGUUAAAACAGAUAAAGUGUCUAUUGAAACAUUUAAACAGCAGCAACCGAUAUAUUACUUGUAUAUCAAUGGCUCAUCUAAAAAAGAGCCUUCAAAACUCUCUAAAUAUGAAUUGAGUCCAACUUCUUUGGACUUUGGAAACGAUGAAAAAGCGACUGAUAUUGGCGACACCCGAUUUGAAAGGAUGGAAAUUAAAAAUAGAAGUAGGAACAAAUGGAUGAUGAUCAUAUUCCAUGUACCCGACUGCCCAAAAUACGUCUUUCACUUCGACCCUCAAGUCUUUAUUUUAAGACCAAAUUCAUCAGUUAAGACAAUGACUGCAUAUUUGACUAUUCAUUGCACAACAAGAAUAAGAGGAAUGAAGAUACCUUAUACAGUGUGGUUCUCCAAAUCCAAAACUACACUCCAUUCAAUUGCUGAAUUACUGAAGAACAAGACAUUUGAUAAUUGGACGAAUGAUGAUGCAAAGCAAAUGGAAAAAUUGAAGAAGAACAUUUUAACACAAUCGUAUUACAACAUUACCAUCACGACAGAUGCAGCAAGUUCGACUCAUAUUGAUCUAGAUGAAUUGAAUAUUUCAGAAAAACCAAUAGCAGAAGGAGCAAUGGGUCGGGUGUAUAUUGGGUAUUACAGGAGUGUCCCUGUCGCUGUAAAACAGUUUAGAUGGGAGAAUUUGGAUGAAGAGGAGAUGAAAGAGUUAAAAAAGAAUGUUAUUCAAGAGUGUGAGAUUAUGAGUAAAUUGAGGAAUCCGUUUAUUGCGAAUUACAUGGGAUCGGUGACAUAUAUCCAACAAGUAUCUAUGGUGAUUCAGUUCUUUGUACUUGGCUCAUUGGGAGAGUAUUUACGUAAAGAAAAGGAGGAUUAUGUAGUUCUACCAUACAAGUUGAAGGUACGAAUGUUAUUUGAUACUGCACGAGGUAUGCAAUUUUUACAUGAGAAUCGAAUUAUGCAUCUUGACUUAAAGCCUGAGAAUAUGUUAGUCAAUUCAUUUGACUUUAACAGCGCCUGCACUAUCAAAAUCACAGACUUUGGGACGUCAAGAUUCACUAAGAAAACGUUGAAGAAAAAUAAUGAAGACAAAGGUCUUGGUACACCUAUUUAUGCUGCACCUGAGACUUUUACAGAUGAAUAUACAUUUGCAGGUGAUGUCUAUUCAUUUGCUAUAACUGCUUGGGAAGUCUAUUACCAAGAAGAGCCUUAUAAGGAUUUCAAAUCUAUAUUUGAAAUUAAAAACCACGUCGAGAGUGGAAAACGACUCCCUUUAAAAGAUAAUAUGCCUUCUCUUUAUAAAACAAUGAUUGAUGAAUGUUGGAAACAAAAGCCUGAAGCAAGACCGAAUUUCGACCACGUAACUAAGAUGAUUGUCAGAGUCGAUGAUGAUGUUGUAAAUCACACUCAUUUGGAUUGCGGAUUCGAACAAGACAAGAUCGAAGGACUUAUUGAAAAUAGAACUAACAGACUUAAGAAGCAACUCAGUGAAAAUAAUGCAGACUAA